AGAAAACGAGAGAGGAGAAAAAAAAAAGAAGAGGAGGGAAAGAUCAUUAAGAGAGAGAGAGAGAGAGAGAGAGAGAGAGAGAGAUAGGUAUCGUGCGCCUGAUUGAUCGAAGGAGCCUACUGUCGUGAGCCAGCGAUGAGCGGAGGAGAUGGGACGGCGGCGGGGGGAGGGGUAGGAGCAGAGGCGGAAUACGAGACAGUUACGACGUCGGUGUGGUGGGACAUAGAGAACUGCCCAGUGCCAAAGAGUUGCGACCCUCACGCGAUUGCAAAGAACAUAACCUCAUCCCUGGUGCAGAUGAAUUACAAGGGUCGCGUAUCCAUAUCCGCCUACGGAGACACCAAUCGCAUCCCUUUCUACCUCCAGCACGCUCUCUCCAGCACUGGCAUCGCCCUCAAUCACGUUCCUGCCGGCGUUAAAGAUGCAAGUGACAAGAAAAUUCUAGUUGAUAUGCUGUUUUGGGCAGUGGACAAUCCUGCCCCAGCCAAUUAUUUGCUAAUUUCUGGAGAUAGGGAUUUCUCUAAUGCUCUCCAUCAGUUACGGAUGCGGAGAUAUAACGUCCUUCUGGCACAACCACUAAAAGCAUCUAAUGCACUUGUUGCAGCAGCAAAAAGUGUGUGGCUCUGGACAAACCUCGUUGCCGGAGGAUCCCCGCUUCCAUGUGGUGAAUCAACACAACCUGCUAAUGUUAACAAUAACUUGAACUCUGAAUUGCCUCGGAAUCCCAUUUCUGAUCCUUUCCCAUUGACCCAACCUCAAUUUCCUAGCACUGGAUGUUUUUCGUAUGGAAAUCGGAAGUUUAAUUCAGACAAGGAUGCUGAAAGUAAAUUUAGAGGGAAAUAUGUUCAUAAAAAUCCAAAUCAACCCAUGAUGACUCGAGCUUCAAGUGCCCCAGUUGAGACUCAAGAGAUUAAGAAUGAUGACUAUUCUUUGCCGCCAGAAAAUGCACCUGCUAAGCAGUUUAAGAAAGCUCCCCACGAGUUUUUUGGUUCUAGUGAGCCUGUAAUAUCUUCAAGUAAGUCUUCCUCCAAUAUCCUACCUGGUGAACUCGACAAUUCAGGGAACACUGCUCGUGUUAUUGCCAAAAAUGCCCCGAAUCACUAUCCUCGACCUCCUUUUGAACCGCCACAUAACAUGUUUUUGCCAAAUCCUCGUAAUAAUUGGCCCCACCCAGUUCCCCUACAACCUGAUGUUUCAAGAUUUUCCUCUACCCCAGCCCCCAGUGUGGCCAAUACUGAAAAGCUCAGUAUCUCUCAAGACUCCAACUAUUCUCAAAAUUCUUCUAAUUUUUGUGAACCCUUUAAGUUUGGAAACUUACCUAUCCCAAAUGGAUACCCAAAGGGGCAUAGUUUGCAGUCAAGUCAGCCUGUUUUCCCAGAUGCCCCGAGCAAUAUGCAUCCCUUCAGUUUCCAGUUUCCACCCUCGUCAUCCACGACGGUGGUUGGUAAUUCUAUUUCUGGUAAUGGCAUGCGGAGAACUCAAGGAUGCUUACAACCAUCAGAAUUUGUUCCAGGGGAUAUAGGUGUGGUCUUACUAGCUUUAAGUUCCUUAAAAGUUGAGAAGAUUAUGCCAACUGAAGCAAAUAUAAAAGAUUGUAUUCGUUUCGGUGACCCGAGGCACCGUAAUAUUGUUGUAAGGAAGGCCUUGGAUAAUGCAAUUGAGCAAAAUAUGGUAGUGAUGCUAAACUUAGGUGUCGUGCCAUUGUACACUGGUAAAAAUGAGAGGCUAUGGAAGUGUGUGAAUCCUCUUGAUGGUGAUCUUAACCAGUACCCCAAGCCCAUGUGGGAAAGAAUUCAGAAGUUUCUAGCUUCUGCAGCUGGACGUCGUCUGGUAAUAAUGACUUCUCAAUGCAGGUAUGAGGCAGCAUUGAUUCUCAAAAGUAUGUGUUUGAAAGAUCUUGCUUUGGGUGAAGUACUCCAGAUUUUAAACAUGAUAAUCACUAUGAAGAGAUGGAUCUUACCUCAUCACACAGGAUGGCAACCCAUUACGAUUAGUCUGACAGAAACGGAUAAUGACGCAGAGUUGCUACAAGCUCUCUGCUCGAGUGGGACACAUAUUUUACAGCUUGCUGUUAUUGAAAGAGCAACGGUUGGAGAAAAUCAUGAACAUUUUCCUUCAGCAUAUACAAACACGAUCGAGAUAAUAUGUAACAAAUGAUACAAAUUUUUCUUGGAGCGGGCCGGCAUGUUGUCUAUUGUUGACUUUGUUUACAGCUUGCUGGUGGUUCUAAGCGGACAUAAAAAGACACAUCUAUUGAUGCAAUUUAUAUUUGUUAGUCAAGUUCUUACCGCUCCAAGGACACUGGGAAUUGACAAAAAGCUGUUGGGGUUUUGUUCUGUGCUGGGUAGGUAUAUGGAUUUUGUUACAGGCUGCUGGGGUAUGGAUUGUGAAGUGAGCAAAAUGCCUUCUUUGUAACACAAGAAGUUGUCAGUGAAAUGCAUAAACCUCAAUGUAUUACGCAUGACAUGUUUUGAAGCAAUGGCUGAUGGUUUUUAAGCA